AUGUCCAGUGAAGAAAACAAAUUGAAUGUUCAAGGUUACAAUAUUGUGACCAUCCUUAAGAGAUUGGAAGCUGCCACUUCUCGUUUGGAAGAUAUCACCAUGAUUCAAGAAGACACCAGAAAACCUCAAGAAAAAUCAAUUGCCAACAACAUGUCCAAUACUUCGUCAGUAUCAAGUAGCUCUACUUCAAGUGGUGGUUCUGCUCCUUUGACUAUGAAUUCUGUCCCAAAAUCAAUCCCUGAAGAGGAUGAUGAGGAAGAAAAGACCAAAUCAACUAUCAGAUUUGAAGAAUUCAUUGAUGACGUCGUUAAACCAUGGGCUGAACAAUCUAAAGCUAUUGAUACAGCUGUUGGUGAAUCUGCUGAUCAAUUGUAUGAAGCAUUUAAAGCUCAGGCUGAAUUCUUACAUAUAGUUAGUCAAGCUAAGAAACCUCAAAUGACCGACCCUAAGUUCAUGGAAGCCGUUAAACCUAUCAAUGAAAAGAUCGAGAAGAUUGGUGGUAUUAAAGAUUCCAACCGUCAAUCCAAAUAUUUCAAUCACUUAAAUACCAUUACUGAAGGUGCUCCUGUGUUAGGGUGGAUUGUUAGCGAUACUCCGGUUUCCUUGAUUCCAGAAUAUAAGGAUUCUGCUCAAUUCUGGUCUAACAGAAUCAUGAAAGAAUACAAAGAUUCUGAUCAAACCCAAGUCGAAUGGGUAAAAUCCUUCUUGGGAAUUUUCGAACCUUUAAAAGAUUAUGUCAAAGAAUUCCAUACUAAAGGGCCAAAAUGGAAUGUUAACGGUAAACCAUUAGAAGAAGUAUUAUCAAAGAAAUCCAAAUCUUCAGCUCCUGCUCCACCACCAUCAGCUGCUGGUGGUCCUCCACCACCUCCACCACCUCCACCAGCUAAUCUUUUCGAUGACGCACCAUCUUCUACUUCUGCUGCUCCAGCUGGUGGUAUGAAUGCUGUGUUCGCUGAUUUAAAUAAAGGUGAAAAUAUUACUUCAGGUUUGAAGAAAGUUGAAAAAUCUCAAAUGAAUCAUAAGAACCCAGAGUUAAAGAAAGCUCCAGCUGUACCUAAGAAACCAACUCCACCUAAAAAACCUUCAUCAUUAUCUUCAUCUUCUUCAGUUCCUACCAAAAAACCUGCUAGAAAGGAAUUAAUCGAUGGAAGUAAAUGGAUUAUAGAACAUUACACUAAAGCUGAUCUCCAAGGUGAAGAUUUGAUUACCAUUGAUGCUGAAAUGCAUCAAUCUAUCUUUGUAGGUAACUGUAAAGAUAUCACCCUCCAAAUCAAAGGUAAAGCUAAUGCCAUCUCUGUAUCAAACACUUCAGGUUGUGGGAUCGUUAUCGAUUCUUUGAUUUCUGGUAUUGAAUUAAUCAAAGCUCACAAAUUCGGUUUACAAGUUCUUGGAACUGUUGCUGACAUUGAUAUCGAUCAAUGUGAUGAAGGUUCAAUCUACUUAUCUAAAGAAUGUGUUGAAGCUGAAACUCAAAUCUAUUCCAGUAAAACUACUGCUUUGAACAUCAACGUUCCUAAAGAUGAUGAUUAUGUUGAAUUACCAGCUCCUGAACAAUUCAAACAUAGCAUCAAGAAUGGCAAAUUGGUUUCCGAAGUUGUUGAACAUGUUGCUUAG